CAAAAGAUGCACAUCCUGUUUCAGAAACCCUGUAAACUGCAUGUAUGUUUUACAUACUGUUUCCUGUUUUGAGAUCUGUUUUAAGUUCUGUUUCAGUCGACCUGAAAGAGAAGCGGAGAUACAGUACUCAGCAACAAGUUGUUCCUGAAAAGCAGCGAAUACACAUCCACAUGAAGAUUAAGGCUUCUAUGGGUUUAAUGGCACUUGGCUUUGCACCAGACGGUUUCAGCACUGUUACUGAUGAUCCAAAGCAAGGAGAUCUGUUUAUGGUGAAAUGUGGCAGCAGUAGUGGCGGAUCUGCUACAGGAUACUACCAUGCUGGAGUUUACUGCAGUGAAGAGGAUGAGGAGAUCAUUCACUUCACAAAUUCAUCCUCUCAGUCAAGCUCAUCAUGGUCCAACUCCAGUUCUGGUCCAGGCAUUAUAAGCAAAGUGCAUGUGAAGAAUUUCUGUGGAGAAAACAAAGUUCUAAUUUAUAGGAAAAAUGAAGGAAUCCCAGAGAAUACAUUCAGAAACAAAGUUAAAAAGGCAAUGCAGAAAGAAAUGGAAUAUAAUGUUUUGGACUGCAACUGUAUCCAUUUUGCCUUGGAGCUACUAGAUGUUGACACACAGGGUAUAGACGACUACAUUAAAAGAAUGGGAAAAAUCAUUAAAAACAUAAGUAAAAGCCAGGAGAUGCAGCCAUUGCCGGUAUAGAGCAUAAGAGGCAUAAGAGGUUGCUAAAAAAACCACAUUGUGAUUCUUUUAGAAAAAAGUUGAUAUGGUGUAAAAAUUUGCGGUUUAAUUACUAAUUAAUUACUAAUUACUAAUUAAUGACUAAAUUAAUAAUCAUUUCUAUACUAUACAAACCCUAUUUCCAGAAAAGUAGGGAGACUUUCUAAAAAUGCAAUAAAAUUUAACAUCUGUAAUUGGUUAUGAACUUUUUUGGUUAUUUUUUUAUUUUUUUAUUUACUAAAACACAAUAAGUGAAAAAAUAAUGAAAUAAAUAAAUAAAUAAUAAAACAAGAUGACAGACCACAUCCUGUGUGGUGUUGUGAGAUUAUCCCUAAAAGGAGAAUAGGAUGAGGAUAGGAGAUGUAGGAUUCAUGGAUCCCCCUCGAUCUCGACUGAAAACUAAGAUACAGCCUACAGUAUAUACACUGUAGGAGAAAUUACUAUUCUUUAUACUAUAUACAAAGUGAACAAAAACGGUUAAGAAAGGAAAAGAGGAAGAGGCGUAGAGAAGCUAAACGCCAAAAUAAAGAAGAACAGAAGCAGCUUUUGUUUGCCAAUAAACUUCUAAAAAUAGGAACUUUGGUUACAGACAUGAAACAAUUGAAUAUAAAUUAAAUACAAUUAUAAUUCCAAUUGCCAUAAAUGCUACUGCAAGACUGCAGAGGAUCAGAUGCUGUACCUAGACAGCUGGAAGAAGAUUCCAACUGACUAAGAUUUAUGUAAUAAUAAGUUUUAUUUUUCAGAUGUUCAAGAGAACUCUAAACACUUUUAUUUUGAUUUAUAUGUAUCUUUUACUAUGAAAUGUAUUCUCAGAAGCAAGAAUGUUAUUAUCUUUGAAAUAGUCACUCUAUAUAUUGUAUUUAAAGGGCAAUUUAGAAAUGACUCAUUUAACGCUCCUCGAUGCACAAUGUUUUGCAACUAUUAGGUUAUGACUUCCUGGCACAAAUCACAGAGUGUGCCUUGAAAGGUUGGAAAAAGGUCAACCGCAAUAUUGUGUGUACCACACUGUGCCUUGGAAUUGUUGGAAAAAGAAUAUAUAAGCUUUCCUUAUUGUAGGAAAGGUGUGCAUUCUACUCUAGGCAAGCUUCUGCUUAGUUACUGUUCUACUGUACAUCUGUAUUGUUCAUCAGAGAACAAACGCAGGCUAAUACUUUGAGAAUAUUUCUAGGUUUGUUACUAUCUUUGCAUUUUUAAUUACUUUUACUUAUGCUAGAAUUGUUUGAUUAUUUGAAGGAGAUUUUAUUUGUAAUUUUCUUUUCUUUUCUUUACAUAUAUUACAUACACUUAUUUGUAUUACAUUGCUUUAAAUAAAAACAAGGCCUCCCAUUGUGAGGACCCUGAAAAGACAAGAA